AUUAGGAUUGUUUGUCAAUAAUAUAAUUGAAGGCCUCAAAAUGAUACAUAAAGACGAAAAAGUUAAACAAAAGUACGACGCGAUUGAUCCUUAUAUUAAACAGAGACCACAAGAUGUCAGCCAUCCGAACUACCGUCAAUACGAUGAAACGCCACAAGAGGAACUCGAGAGUCAGUUUAGAGUGUACGACUACCCGCAUUAUGAUAUUGACAAGCUACGUGAGAAACGUCAAGCACCAUCCCCAGCGCCAUCACCGAAACCACAACGAACAACACAAGAGUAUGAGACGUUUCAUACCCCUCUCUACGCCAUUACAGCAUUCUUUAGUCUCAUGCUGAUAUUUGGACCACUAAUGGUGAAAAAAGGACCAAAUCGAGGGAUCGUGCAAGCGUGUAUCAUGCUGACAGCAUUCUGCAUGUGGAUUUUCUGGUUCACGAUCUAUUUUGGUCAAAUGAAUCCUCUAAUGGGCCCUCGUCUCGAAAACACUACAGUUGCUUGGAUCGCAUACAAAUUAGGCAACCCUUUUGAAAACACAACGUUAUAAAUACUCGAUAGCUUUCAACUUCAGCUAUUGCGUAAGAAAAACCGAGAAGAUUUUGUUAAAUUUAGAAAAAUAAAAAUGCUUUAAUAUUUAAUAAAACUAAGUCAUUGUAAUUAAUUUAAGAUAAAUUUUUUUUUUAAUUCAUUAACAGCCAUUACUUAUAAACUUUACGAAGGCUUUUUAGUUAAAGACUAUUUUCUCCCCUUCUGCCAUUAUUGGUUUGACAUUCGAUAGAAUAAGACACAGCAUUGUUUAACAAAUCACCCUCUAAAUAACCUUUAUAACUUAAGCGGUAAGAAGUUAAAAGUGUUGUACAAUGACGUAAUAGUGUGUUUUCUUAUGUAAGAAAAUCAUUCUAACUUUUUUUUAAACGAACGAUGUUUAAAAAUGUAUGGCUAUUUUAUUUAAUGUGUUUUUUAAUUAUUAUUUGUGU